AAACAUUCCUAAUCUUCUGCGAUUGUUUCGUGCUUCGAUUGCUUGCAUCUGUUUUUUAUUACAAAAAAAAAAAAAAGAGACCAAGAUAUUGUUUUUCAAAUACUACUUUUUUAUUUUUAUUUUUUUCUCUGACGACGUUUUUUCUCAGCUGCCAAACACUCAACGAGCUUUUCUAGGUUUUAAUCCUUGUUCUUCAACUCUUCAUAAUUUCAAGCAUAAUGGAUGUGAGAGUUGGGCUCUUGGUUCUUAUUGUGUUGGGUGCUAACUGGGCUUGUGAUGCUAGGCAGUUGGCAAAGCAAUAUAUAUCAGAUGGUGAGACCCAAACUUCAAAAGAAUUUACCGGGAAUCCAAAAGUCUGCACAUUGUGCAAGGAAUUUGCUGCUCAGGCAAUUGACUACCUUAAUGAAAACAAGACCCAGACAGAGAUACUUGAAAUCCUCCAUCAUGCAUGCUCUCAAUUGCACUCUUUGAAGCAGCAGUGUACAACUUUGGUGGACUAUUAUGCUCCUCUCUUCUUCUUAGAGGUUUCCACAGUUCAACCUGGAGAAUUCUGUCAAAAGGUCAACCUAUGUCAGCAAAUUUCAAUGUUCUUUGCACAACUUCAUGAAGAUAGCUGUGAGUUAUGUCACCAUGCUGUUUCAGAAGUUUUAGUUAAGUUGAAGGAUCCUGAUACACAGCUGGAGAUUAUUGAGAUACUUUUGAAGGCAUGUACUACCGUGGAGAACUAUGUGAAAAAGUGCAAGAGGAUGGUUUUCCAAUAUGGACCUCUGGUCCUUGCAAAUGCAGAGAAGUUCCUGGAAACAUCGGACAUUUGCACCAGGCUUCACGCCUGUGAUUCAAGCAGAGCUGGUAGCUCGGAUGUGCCAUUGAUCACAGUACCUGAACUGUCUGACUCUUAAUUACUAUUGCAGAAAAGGUGGAGUGGAUUGGAGAUGCACGCAUAGAAGAUAUUCAUAUGUUUUUUAUACUACCUUGUGUUUCUGUACAAUAACUAAACCUAAGAAAGAAAUUAUUGUGCUUAAUUGUACAAAUAUCCUCCGUUAAAGAGUAAAACAUGAUUGUAUAAAUUUUUUUUCCUUUGCUGAAAGGUUAUAAUAUUUGUUAGUUUAGAUC